AUGUCGACUCCCACUACGGCAACAGCCACACUGCCACCACACGCCCAUUAUCGCCAUCCGCACUAUCCGUACUCGCACCAGCCGCCGCCGUACCAGCAGCCAACGGGUAGCGGUACUUCCUCCUAUCAGCAGCACCGGUCAGCGACCAACACCUCGACUUUGCUUCCUGCACCCACCACAUCUGUCUCGUCAUCGACGAGAUUACCUCCGCCAACAUCGUUUCCCACUGCGGACUCGAUCAAUCACUACGCCAUUUCGUCUACCUCCAGCGUCAACGUCAACGUCAACAACAACUCACAUCCCGUCGUCUCCGCGUCAAAUGGCGUAGCAGCCAUGCACCGAUCCGACCUCGAAACUCGCUACUCCAACAUGUCUGGUACCACUAGCCAUAGCCAUAGCCAUCGCCAUCAUAGCCAAAGCCAAAGCCAACGGCAAAGCCAAACCGCGCAACUGCCGCAGCCUGCCCGGAAGAGGAGGCGAUCCAGAGAACCCGAUUGGAAUACUUUUUACCGAAACGGUCUACCAAAGGAAGUCAUCGUCAUUGACGACACACCUCCUCCCAAUUCGGGCGUGCCCAACGGUGGUGUCAAGGUCAUCUCGACCGACCACGUGAAUGGCUCCCUUCCCAACGGCGUGAGCGUAGCCAGGACGGCGGCCCCUGCGACUCGCCAUGCCACCAAGAGACAGAAGCGAGACGACGACGUGCGUCGCUACGAUCCCGUCCAUCACAACAACAAGUACGCCGACGCCCACGCUGCUGCUGCCACCCCGAGCGGCUCUACCAUCUCGACCGACAGAACAACCGCGUCUGGCCACCACACCACCGCGCCCACCUCGCUCUCAUCCAACGGCUACUACGAUGACACCCAAACCGGCCAGAAGCGGAAGCGAACCCGUCACCAGAUUGCCCAGGAGGCCAAGAAUAGAGAAAUCGACUUGCUCAGCGACAUUUGCCCCAGCUACAAGCCUCCGCCUUAUCCUCCCAAGAAGGCAGCGGACGUCCCCGUUCGGGUCAUCCACGAUCCUUACUCUAAGAAUAGCAAGUACGACGACGACGAUGGCCAUUAUGUCGUGGUUCCCGAUGCCGACUUGACAGAUAAGUAUCAGAUGAUCCAACUCCUCGGUCAGGGCACUUUCGGCAAGGUCGUCAAGGCCCGCGAUCGGAAACGAAACAAGCUUGUGGCCAUCAAGAUCAUUCGAUCGGUCCAGAAGUACCGCGACGCCUCGAGGAUCGAACUCCGAGUGCUGGCCACACUCAAGGCCAACGACGAGGAGAACCGCAAUCGAUGCAUUCACCUGCGUGACUGUUUCGACUUCCGCGGCCACAUCUGCAUCGUCAUGGACCUUCUCGGCCAAAGCGUCUUUGAUUUCUUGAAGGGCAACAAUUUUGUUCCUUUCCCCAACAGCCAGAUUCAGAGCUUUGCUCGUCAGCUGUUUACCAGCGUAGCAUUCUUGCAUGAUCUCAACCUGAUCCAUACCGACCUCAAGCCGGAGAAUAUUCUCCUCUGCAACAAUGCGUACCAGACAUUCACAUACAACCGCAAGAUCCCGUCCUCUUCGACCACCGUCAACCGACAGGCGAACCAGCGGCGGGUGCUGCUGGACACGGAGAUUCGUCUCAUUGAUUUUGGCUCGGCCACUUUCCAAGACGAAUAUCACUCCUCGGUGGUAUCGACGAGGCACUACCGGGCUCCCGAGAUUAUUCUCGGCCUAGGCUGGUCGUUCCCGUGCGAUAUAUGGAGCAUAGGCUGCAUCCUGGUCGAGUUCUUUACCGGAGACGCUCUCUUCCAAACCCAUGACAACUUGGAACAUCUCGCUAUGAUGGAGAUGGUCGUGGGCUAUCGGAUCGAUACGCAACUCGUGCAGAGCGUCAACAGGAUGGCACAAAGAAGCAGUGGAAAUCCGGCAUCCAAGUAUUUCAAGCGGAAUAAACUCGAUUAUCCUACCGCCGAUACGACGCGGGCCUCUCGACGAUUCGUCAAGGCAAUGAAACUUUUGCCUGAAAUCAUCCCGCAAAACACAACGUUCCUCAAGAAUUUCUUGGAUCUCCUCAAGAGGAUCUUUGUCUACGAUCCCGCGAAACGCAUCACAGCAAAGGAAGCGCUGACCCAUCCUUUCUUCAAGGAACCAGCGCAGCCCGACGAUGGCACUGAGGCGGCCAAGAUUCGCCUGGAGCGAUCCAGGAUAGAGCCGGAGAGCUCCCACCAUGUUCCGUAG